CCACCCGGCGCCGGGCGGGCGGGUCCAUUUUGCCGCACAAGCCGGGCAAUUGGCAAACUGCGGAUGGUCAGGUCCACUUUCCUUCGGGGGUGAGCGGCCUGAGAUCUAGAGACAAUGGCCCCGAUGGGAUGGAGCCCGAAGGCGUCAUCGAGAGUAACUGGAAUGAGAUUGUUGACAGCUUUGAUGACAUGAACCUUUCGGAGUCACUCCUCCGUGGCAUCUACGCCUACGGUUUUGAGAAGCCCUCUGCCAUCCAGCAGCGAGCCAUUCUUCCUUGUAUCAAGGGUUACGAUGUGAUCGCUCAAGCCCAAUCUGGGACUGGGAAAACGGCCACUUUUGCCAUAUCAAUUUUGCAGCAGAUUGAAUUGGAUCUAAAGGCCACCCAGGCCUUGGUCCUGGCACCCACUAGAGAGUUGGCUCAGCAGAUACAGAAGGUAGUUAUGGCCUUAGGAGAUUACAUGGGUGCCUCGUGCCACGCCUGCAUUGGGGGUACCAAUGUGCGUGCUGAGGUGCAGAAGCUGCAGAUGGAAGCUCCGCAUAUCAUCGUGGGUACCCCAGGCCGUGUGUUCGACAUGCUUAACCGGAGAUACUUGUCUCCCAAGUACAUCAAGAUGUUUGUACUGGAUGAAGCUGAUGAAAUGUUAAGCCGUGGGUUCAAGGACCAGAUCUAUGACAUAUUCCAAAAGCUCAACAGCAACACCCAGGUGGUUUUGCUGUCGGCUACAAUGCCUUCCGAUGUGCUUGAGGUGACCAAGAAGUUCAUGAGGGACCCAAUUAGAAUUCUUGUCAAGAAAGAAGAGUUGACACUGGAGGGUAUCCGCCAAUUCUACAUCAAUGUGGAACGAGAGGAGUGGAAGCUGGACACACUGUGUGACUUGUAUGAAACCCUGACCAUCACCCAGGCAGUCAUCUUCAUCAACACCCGAAGGAAGGUGGAUUGGCUCACUGAGAAGAUGCAUGCCCGAGACUUCACCGUCUCUGCCAUGCACGGAGAUAUGGACCAAAAAGAACGAGACGUUAUCAUGAGGGAGUUCCGCUCUGGCUCUAGCAGAGUAUUGAUUACCACUGACCUACUGGCCAGAGGCAUCGAUGUGCAGCAGGUUUCCUUAGUCAUCAACUAUGACCUCCCCACCAACAGGGAAAACUACAUCCACAGAAUCGGUCGAGGUGGACGUUUUGGCCGUAAGGGUGUGGCUAUUAACAUGGUGACAGAGGAAGACAAGAGGACUCUUCGAGACAUUGAGACCUUCUACAACACCUCCAUCGAGGAGAUGCCCCUCAAUGUUGCUGACCUCAUCUGAGAGGGGCUGUCCUGCUACCUAGCCCCAGCCAGGGCUCAAUCCUUGGGGGGCGCUGAGGAGCAGCAGGAGGGGGGAGGGAAGGGAGUCAAGGGAUGGACAUCUUGUCAUUUUUUUUCUUUUUUUUUUUUUUUUUUUCUUUGAAUAAAUGUCACUUUUUGAGGCAAAAGAAGGAACCGUGAACAUUUUAGACACCCUUUUCUUUGGGGUAGGCGCCGUCUCUUCUCCCAAAAACACUAAUCCAUUUCCCUAACCUAGUCAACCUCCAAACCCCAGAGGCUCUCCCCACCCCACCUGAAUUCCUCUGAAAAUGAUUCAGUGGGGGCUACAAUGUCACUCCACCUCAUUUGCUGGACCAAAUCUGGAGGGAGAACCCCUGAGUUAGGUGGCCCAGGGGGUUGUCCCCACGUGGGGGGAGUAGGGGAGAGAAAAUGGUAGCCAUUUUUACAUUGUUUUGUAUAGUAUUUAUUGAUUCAGGAAACAAAGACAAAAUUCUGAAUAAAAUGACUUGGAAACUGCC